GGUUUUUCGGAGACUCUCGUAUAGGGUUUGUUCCGAAUGAAAAAGCGGCGAAGUUGAAAGCGAAACAACAUCCAUAGUGCACUGAAGUUGAGUGAUAUCCUGCAAUGUCAGAGUCACGCCCAUUUAAGAUAUGGAAUUCUGAUAGAUCAAUAAAAAAAGGAACAGUGGCAGCUACAUUAGAGGAUUUAGUGAAAAAAGGGAGGCAGUUAUUAGGAAUUCCAGAAUCUGAACCAGUCUCAGCAGUUCUGGAGGAGGAUGGGACGGAAAUCUCGGAUGAAGAUUACUUUGCAUUUAUCCGUCACAACACAACCAUAAUGCUGCUGAGAACUGGACAAAAAUGGAUGCCAGUGGGAGCAGAUGAUCCAUUUGGAGGGGAUGAGGUAGACAACCUUGAUUGUAAUAUGGAAAUAUCAGACAGACUGAAACAUCUAAUCGCUGGUCUACAGAAAAACAUCACCAGAAUUAUCACUCUGUCCAAUGACGACCUACAGUUAAUUGUAGAAAUGGAUGUUGCCUUGUUAGCCCAUCUUCUACAAGACACUGAGAAUUUUGCCAAAUCCAUCCAGGAAGCCUGCCAGCGACAUUUAGAUGAAAGGACUCAAACAGCAGAGGCCAUGGAUUUGUUACGACUGUAUCACACCGCUCGACAAUCCAGUCCAUACGUGGAGGAUACCGGGCCGAAGCGACAGAAACAUGCUCAUACAUGAUACAAGACGGUGCCAUUGACUGGAAAAAACUUAGUGCUUAUUUUUGAUAUUAAAUAGCACCAUUCCACAAUGCUAAAUCUCAUCAUAUUAUUUAACAUGGUUUUAUAUUAACAUUUUAUCAAUAUUCUCAAAGAUCUUAUGCAUUUUGUUAGAUAUUUUAAUAUUUGUUUUACUGGUAUUGCAAACAUUCCAUUUAAUAUUUGAUAUACUAUUAAACACAUGUACAAAGUUUUGUUUUAUACCGGUACAUUUAAUAUCAAAAACUUGUUUCAGUUACCAGUACUAGAACAUCCCUUCAUUGCAUUGUUUAAUUGUUUAGGUUUAUUAUUUUUUGGAAGUUUUCUUUAUUUUUCAUAUACCAAUACUUAUAUUUAUUGUAGAGUUAUAGCCCUUGUAUCACAAUUGUUUGAGGAUUGGUUGUUAUAGAUUUCUAUGCAAAUGAUCAAAUAUAAUAAAAAAAAAUUUUGCAAUUGAAAAUUUUUAAUAAUUUUUUUUAAGUAUAUAUAAUUCUUUAAUGUUUAUUUCAGGAUCUACAUGCUUUAUGCUAGACCUAAAAAUACCAGAUAUUAAAA